CUGCCAGAGAGGGGAGUCGAGAGCUCUGCUGGGAACUACAUGGUGCUCAAUUUUUCAAGAUGUCGUCGCUGGAACAGAGGCUGUCGCGAAUCGAAGAGAAACUAAAGCAGGAGAAUGAAGAAGCUCGCCGGAGAAUCGACCUCAACAUCGACAUGAGUCCACAGCGGUCACGACCGAGGCCGAUCAUCGUGAUCCAGCUCAGUCCUGCUCCAGCCCCUUCCCAGCGUGCAGCGCUCCAGCUGCCCCUGGCUAACGAUGGAGGCAGCCGUUCGUCAUCUUCAGAGAGCUCGCCCCAGCACCACCCGUACCCCAGCCGCCCACGACACAUGCUAACCCUGCCCACGCCUCCGUAUGGCCUACAGAAGAGCCUAGAGAAUGCAGAGAUUGACCAGAAAUUGCAGGAGAUCAUGAAACAGACGGGUUAUUUGAAGAUCGACGGGCAGCGGUAUCCAGCAGAGGUAACAGACCUGUUCAGCGAGGGGGAGAUCGGCAGCGGGACUUGUGGGCAAGUCUUCAAAGUGCGAUUCAAGAAGACGGGCCAUGUCAUUGCGGUCAAACAAAUGCGUCGCACAGGAAACAAAGACGAGAACAAGCGGAUCUUGAUGGACCUGGACGUGGUGCUGAAGAGUCAUGACUGCCCUUACAUCAUCCAGUGCUACGGCGCCAUAGUGACCAACACGGAUGUAUUCAUCGCCAUGGAGCUGAUGGGAACUUGUGCUGAGAAGCUAAAGAAGAGAAUCCAGGGUCCCAUCCCAGAGCGAAUCCUCGGAAAGAUGACGGUGGCAAUAGUGAAAGCGUUGCUGUACCUGAAAGAGAAACACGGCGUUAUCCACCGGGACGUCAAACCCUCUAACAUCCUGUUAGACGCUAAAGGUCAGAUUAAACUGUGCGACUUCGGCAUCAGCGGACGCCUCGUCGACUCCAAGGCCAAGACCCGCAGCGCCGGAUGUGCUGCCUACAUGGCACCUGAAAGAAUAGACCCUCCAGAUCCCACCAAACCUGACUAUGACAUCCGGGCAGACGUGUGGAGCCUCGGCAUCUCUCUGGUGGAGUUGGCUACAGGACAGUUUCCUUACAAGAACUGCAAGACAGACUUUGAGGUUCUGACCAAAGUGCUGCAGGAGGACCCUCCUCUUCUGCCUCUCGGCAUGGGUUUCUCCCUCGACUUCCAGUCCUUUGUCAAAGACUGCCUCACAAAGGAUCACAGAAAAAGGCCAAAAUACCAUCAGCUGCUGGAGCAUAGUUUCAUUCGGCGUUACGAGGUGCUCGACGUAGACGUGGCUGGUUGGUUUCAGGUGGUGAUGGAUCGCACCGAGUCGCCUCGCAGCAGCCAGUGUUACAGCCAUCAGCAUCAACUCCACUCGCUCUUCAGUAGGUAGCCUAGCCUCGACCAGCCUGGCGUCAGCUUAGCCGUACGCUAGACUAGCCUAGCUUCAGCUUUGCCAAGCCCAGACUCAGUCUAUUCUAGUCUAGCCGUCCGCAGCUACGCCAAGCGCUACACCCAUCCCGUCUGUCCAUCUGUCCUGGGAAGAAGAGACCUGAAGAUCCCACAGAGGAGGGAGGACGAAGACUCAGUGGAGGACUCUGGAUGGACAGAUUAAGCGAUGGAGCGACAGAGGGAUGGAUGGCUGACGCAGGUGGUUCUGGUUAUUAGGGUGCUGAAUCUGGACAGACAGACACGGGGUUGGGGGGGGGGGAUGCACGCUGUAGUGAGCUUCAUUUGGUUUAGACACUGUUAGCGCUCACCACGCUAUCAUCACAUCACAGUGUGUGUUGCAGCCAGACACUCACAUACAAACUGUGUGUGUAGCUUGUAUAGGCUUUUACAUUUUCUCCUCUUUUCAGUAGUUUUACACACACGUCUGUCUGUCGCCGACAUUGAUCCAAGCCAUUGGAUUCGUAAACAGAGUAGUCACUACACACUGGAACAAAGCAUCUGCUACUUCAGCAAAAACAAGCCGCUCUUGUACAUAAACGAUUUAGAGGACAGAACAAAGUCUGGUGCAAUUAUGAUUCUUCAGGUGUUUCUACCAUCACACAUUCUCAGGCUGUAUCUAUAUGUAGUGUGUCUGUGUGCGUGUGUAUAUGUCAGUGUGAGCAUUUCUAUGUAUGGAUAACUAUAACGACUCACUCACCGGCUUUUAAUAGUGAGGUUGUAUUUCCUCGUUAAUUCACCUUCACACUACAGCUCUAACACACAAACGAGAACAGAUUAAUCUGUUGGCUGUGCUUUUAAUUUGAAAAGCUUUUGUUUUGUUUUUUUGUUUUGUUU